AUGCAUUAUAGAAAUCAGAGAAAUUGCAUGGGGUAUGUGGAACCACAUUAUAAUUAAGGUAGAACAGUGGUAAUAUAUAAGUAAGGAAUAUAAACAAUGCCUAAUUUCAUGCAAAACUUUAAUCCCCAGUCUCCACUCAUGUCUGCAGUGGUAUAUAUAUCAAACGCCGGAUAUAUCCGGCAAGGAUUUUUAAAACUACAAUAUUUUUAUAGCAAAAUUUGGCAUAAAUCCAGCAUACACUUUACAUGGAAUGCACCCUGCAUGUUUAAUCUUUGAAAACACAAUGAAAUUUAUGUUACAUACAAUUUAUAUGUGUAUAUUUUUAUACAUUAUCAUGUACAAUAUAAAAAUUAAUUAAACACAAUUUGCCAUUGUUGUACCUUCCAAUGAUUUAAUUCUAUUGUGUACAGCUCAUGUAAUAAUAUAUACAAUCCUCUACACCUGUUGUAUGGUUUUUUAUUAGGAAUCAUACUAUUGCUCAGAGCAGUACUAGUGAAGGUACCAGUGAUGAUGAAGGCAGUUUCAAUGGAUCCCCACCAAACAGUAUAGGUAGUGAAAUUGAAGACAGUUUGGAUGAUGAUCACAUGGAGGAAGACAUCGAUGGUCGAUCAAGGGCUGGAAGUUCAUCCUCAGACUCAUCCACACCUACUAGUCAAGCUGGUGUGAAAGAUGAUAUAGUAUUCAGCAUCCUUAAAGGGCUAAUGCUAGCAGAUGAAAUGAAAUCAUCGGUUAAAAGUAUUGAAAGCCUGUUAAAUUAUGCAAAGGACCUUUACUGCAAAGGUGACAAAAACCUUGAACAGUAUUGGCCAUCUAAUUGGAGAGAAACUGAAAAGUUGCUAAAAGAGGUGGGUUAUGAAGAUCCGAAAGAAUAUUUCAUCUGCCUGGAUGAAAGCCAUCAUGCCAAUUAUGAUGUUAUGGAAAGUAAAGAUUCCCAAUGCAGAUUCUGUGGAAAACCUGGGACUAUACAGUACUAUUAUAUUGGUCUCCAUCAAAAAGUCAAAUUGUGGUGCUCUGAUUAUUCCAUGUGUCAGAAAAUGGCUACAUUCUGGGAUGAGAAAGACCAUUGGCUUGAUCAUGAAGGACCUUGGUUUCCUCUUAAAGAAGUUUGGGAUGGCUCUCGCUUUAGUGAAGUCUCCUGGUUUUGGGACCCAGAUUCUGAAUGGUUUUUGCCUACCAGAUGUUGUUUCUGCUCAUCAAUUAUAAGUGGAAAACAAAUUGAAGAGUCCUAUGAUGGUAAUAAGUACAACGUUACUUGCUGUGACUGUGGUGCGGUGAAUACUUGUGGGGGUGAAAAAGCGUAUGGUGAUCCUAGAAAUAUUGCAUUGAUUGGGCACUGGGAUGGAUGGUACCCAUUCCGGGGAAAAUCUAGUCAUACAUGUGGUGCUAUAGAUGUGUCAGUCCUAAAUAUGUCAAAAAAAGAUCGGUGCACCACAAGUGAAGUCUAUGUAGUGGGUUUUGUCCCUUGUUAUAAAGUCCCCAAAAAGCGCCCAUGUGCUUUGGAUGCCUUUUUGGAACCCCUUGUUCGAGAUCUAGAGGACAGUUUUAUUGAGGGGACGAAGGUUAAUUAUGCGCGAGAUAUUGGUGAAUAUAAAUGUGGUCAGACAAUUGUGCGUUGCAUGCUGUUGCUGUGGACUGGGGAUUAUCCAGCCCAAUGUGAAGUGGGGAAAUUUAUCAACUGUGGAAUCUUUCCUUGCAGAAGACAUCAUCUAAGAGGUACUAAUAUAGAGUGCGGAAGUACUUAUUAUAUUGGAGAUAACAGGUAUCAUGCAAGGUUUCCCGUUGCUCCUCGUGUUUUGGAGGAUGAAGUGCAGAAGAUGUCAAAGAUUGAAGAUGAAGAUCGACCAACUGUUCGAUCUAACCUAGCGAAGGAAAGUGGGUAUACUGGAUUGUCUAUACUUCAUAGACUGCACAAAUUGUAUGGUUUUAACGUGAUAUCAGAUACUGUGUUUGACAUGAUGCAUAACAUUCCGCUGAAUGUCGUCAAUAAACAUAUUAACCGCUUCCUUAAUGAUGGCGAAGUAACCUCCGCUACCAAGUCAAUGUUGGAUAAGAGACUUGCAGCAAUGCCUUGGACUAGUGAGCUAAAAAGUGGCAGAGUUCCUAAAUCUUGUACAAAAAUUGGCAAAUGGAAAGCUGAAGAAUACAGAAAAUUUGCAUUUCCAGCAUCUGAGUGUGUGUUGGGAGGUCUCGUUGACGAUGAAUACUUUAAGAUUUGGGUUUUAGCUGCAUGA